GCGUUCUCACUCCGACUGCCCUCUGGUUGAUUCUCAUCUCUUAACUCUAUAUCUUGAAACAAAGACACCACCACCAUGUCUGGCUGGAACGCUUACGUCGACACUCAGCUGGUGGCCACGGGGGCCGUGUGCCAGGCCGGUAUCUUCGGCAAGGCUGACAUGCAGUGCUACGCCAACGCGGGCGAUUUCCAGCUCCGAGCGUACAACACGGCCGUGACCGGCGACGACGGAGUGGAGAGGGACACCGCCAUCAACGAGGCCGCCGACAUUCUCGGGUUCGUGACGAACGGGACCAAGGCGACCACCGGUUGGAGGAUGAACGGGACCAAGUAUGUGGUGUUGCGUGAGCUGGAAGGACCGGUUCUCUACCUCAAGAGGACCAAAGGCAGCGCGUGCUUCGCGUGCACCAACACGCUCGUGAUCGUGGGCGUGUUCGACGACGAGGCGUGCAAGGAACAACACCCUUCCGCCACCGCUGGCGCUCUCGCCUGCAACAAGGCCGUGGAAGACCUGGCAGAGUACCUGCGCACAGCGGGAUACUGAAGCGUCUGCGGCGGGAGGGAAACAAAGAAAUGGAGGGAGAGGGGAUCGCUGUUUUUUUCGGUGACAUUUUUUAGGGAGCUGAGAGAGAGUUAGUCCCCUUUCAUCCCCUCCCUUGUCCACCCACGCCAUGGUGGCAGUGGCUUGUUGUCCGAGGGUGAGAGAAGUCGCAGGUGGGCGGCGAGUGUACCAGUGGAGGGAGGGGAGGCGGUUUCGAGCACAAGCGCGAGGGCGGGGGAGGAAGGGUACAGAUUUUGCGGAGGGGAGCUCCGGGGUUGUUUGCCUGACUGAUUUUGAUAGUUGAUGGUAUCGGACCAGUUUUCUGAUGCGGUCAUCAUGCGUUGUGGCGUGUACGCCAUCGACGCAAGCAGCGGAAGAACGUGGAAAGCGUUUCGAUGCUCUCGUGAUGGUGCUUUCGUGUUUUCGUGCUGCUGCUGCUGCUGCUGCUGCUGCUGCUGCUGCUCCUGCUGCUGCUGCUCCGUGAAGUAGCUGGUGGUGCGUGGCUGUCGGGAGUGCUGGUGUGUGCGUGCGUUAUCAUGGCAUGCUUGCUGGUUGCGAUGUAGAUGGGCUGGUCCCCCUUUUUUUUUCUUCGCUUUGAUUUGCCGGUUCUGUUCCCUCAAUCGUCUCUCGUCUCGUUUGCUUUUUUUUUUUCUUCUCUCUCUUGUUCCCGUGCGGGUGCUCGGCACGGAAGUGAAAACAAAAAGAAAGCGCAACUUUUUCGGAAGUUGCGGUUUGUGGUGUGGCGAUUUAGCUCUUACACCGGACGGUACGAAAUACACCAAAGCAAUGCAGCCAGGGUUUUUGGUCGAGGGGUGGUGUUGCUCUCCUUGUUUUUCGUUCCCCGCCCCAGGCGCGCUGCCGAGAUCAAGGGCCUCUUCAUUGAAGCCUUCCUUUGUAUGGGGGGCAGAGAACGUUCGCAAGGCAUGCACAGGGCUGCUUGUGUUUGUGCAGAGAAGUUAGUAGCAGUGCACGUGAAUUCUUGGAGGGCGAUGGGUGGGCGGAUGUAGUGAGUGAUGGUACAAAAUCGUGUUGAAACGGGUUGGGAAUUGUGUGACAUGUGUGAGAGGAAGAAUGGCGANGGGGGGGGGGGGGGGGGGGGGGGGGGGGGGGGGGGGGGGGGGGGGGGGGGGGGGGGGGGGGGGGGGGGGGGGGGGGGGCGAGAGGUAAGAGGGGAACAUUCGGGAUGUAUUGGGCGAAGACUUUCUCCCGGCUCUUGUCCAUAAGGUGUGACCCCUGUUUCAUUUUUGUUCCUGCCGUAAGGAGGGGUCAGGACGUUUGGUUCCAUGUCUGGUCGCAGAGGUUGAAGUGGGCCUGCAGCACUGGCUGCUGCUGGUUGCCGUUUGUUAGCGGCAUAACUUUCAAUGUUUUGCGACCUACACCUUGGCCUCCAUGGAGGAUGGCGUUGAUCUUGUCGCCCCCCAUCUCAGACAUGGCUCUCUCCCUAUCCCUUUUCUCUGUCUGGGGCUCUUGCUGCGUGAGGACGCCAUGUCGAUUGCAUUGCGCGUUCUUCACAGCGACCACUGCUGCUUUCAUUUGUAUGAAUAUCAAGAGGUUCAUUCCUUGAGACCCUCAAAAGUCACGACCAAGCCAGGAAGUUGCUGGCUUUCCUUCAUGCAUGCCCCAUGAGUAUUACAACGAAACACCACCUUCUUCCAAGCCACUUAGAUACCAAGCACAUCUACGUAGAUGGCGGAGACUUUGGUUGGCUGUGGUCGAAAGAG